AUGACUGCAAUCAGAGUGAUCUUCGGCGCUUUCCUCCUCACAACUGGCCUCAAUGCCACACAUGGCUGGUGCCUGCAGAGUCUCGGUGUUCAGCAGUGUGACUUUGAGCUCCUGCACGUGUCUGUGCACCAUCUGAAAGCCUUCCUCUCGGUCAAGAGUAAGAAUACCAGUCAGAUUGCCACUCUUGUGGAGACUUCGUGGCCAGAAAACCUGCUGCACUUCGUCGCUCGUCGCUUUCCCAAUGCCCAGGCGCACAAUCUGGCCACAGGAUGUCAGAGGAUUGUCCAGAGUUGGCGAACAGCUGUGGAUGCCAAGUCAAGAUUGUGGGUAAUCGACAGAGGCUCCCCAAAGUGUCCACCCAAGCUCAUCGUCUACAAUCUGCGAACGCCCUGGAACAGUGAAGUCCAUCGGCAUGUCUUUGGCAAUGCCACAGAAGGAAUUUUCACCUCCCUCACCAUUGAUCCUGAGACGCACGCAGGCAGAUUCACCAGAGCUUAUCUCACACUCAAGGAGAGCAACUGCUUUGUCGUCUACUCCCUGGAGGAGAAGUCCUUCCGGACACUCUGCUCCAAAGACACCGCGAGAUUCAGUGAGUCCGUCAUCCUGCCCACAGGACAACUCUAUCUCUAUGACUCUACCCGGAAUUCCCUCCAUUUUGGCGACAUGCGACGGAUUCGCGACGAAGAAUUCCACCGAAAUGACGUGAUAUUCUGGGAAACAAUGAUUAUAGGAAGCUUAUUGGGCUCUGGACGCUCACUGACUGUGGAUUCCCACAACUUCCUCUACUACAUCAUCCCUCGCGAUGGAGUAAUUGUCAAGUGGAACACAGCAACACCCCUGACAGCUGAGAAUCACGAUGUUCUCCAUUUCCAAGCCACAGAGAUGCUUUGCCUCAUCUGGAGCUACCAAGAAUCCCUCUGGCUGAUCAACUCCGUGGCCAGUGAAAACAUUCACAGCGUUCGACUUGAUUGA